AUGACAUCUGUUUAUCCGCCUGUGAACGUUCCUACCAAAAUGUCAAGUCCUGGUGUUUUAGAUAAGCGUCUAAAUUUCUUGAAGAGGUAUAAUAUCCUAAGAAAUCAGAAGAAUGUAAGCCAUAAAUCAUCUGGUUUUUCACCGAAGAAUCCAAUUAUACUAAUGGAAGAUGAAGACAGAGUGAACAAAAGUGAUGCUAGCCUUAAAGCAGGUGACAUGGCGAGCAGCCAAAGAGCUAGUCAAAGAGAUGGCAAUAAAACUCGUCGCAAGACAAGUGGCAGUGGAGGUUUCCGGAAAUCUGGCAGAGGAAACCUCGGUAAAAGUCUUCAUAGGGGUCCUCGAAGCUUCGGCUUGUUAGGCAAGGAAGUUGCAGAGAUGGAGCCUUUCAUGAAUAAUAGCGAGAGUAAUGAUUUUGGAGAAGACGAAGAUCGAGCUGAGGAAGAAGAGAAGUAUUAUACUUUCCAAGCACAGGUGCCUAAAAGGAUACCCAUGGUGCCUAAGAAGAAUGCUGAAGAAGAGCUCUUUGUUGUACCUACACAAAAUAAAUUCUUCAAAUUCUUUUCGAGUCCUGCAGAGAAGAAGAUAAGGUUGGGAAACAUCAAGCAGAGACUGGGAUGGGGCAGUGAACAUCAGCCUAUGAAUCUGGACUUGUUUGACACCGAUAUUCCAUCAAUGCCUAUGGUGAAUUCUUUUGAAAGAAACAACGGUGAAUGGUGGGAAGAUCAGGACCAGGAUCAGGACCAAGACCAGGAUCAGGACCAAGACCAGGACCGGGAUCAGAAAGACAGUCCCCUUAGCAAGAAUGUAAGUGAAACCGGCAUUUCCUUUACCGAUAACUGCCCAGAAAUGUUUCGGAUGUCUGGAAAUUCUGAAGUGGCGCAUCCUUCUUCGAUAAGGCAUGUUCAAAGACGUAACGAGAAAUAUGUCGGGCCUGAUGGUCAAACAAGGCAUGUUAUUCAAGAGGAGUUCAUAGAAAGAGCGGAGAGAGGUGGUGAUUUCAAUACCAACAAGUUGUUCCGUGGUGUAUGCAAAAACGGAGGUAAGGGGUUUCCCCAGAAUAUGUGUAACAGGGACCCUGCAGAGCAGGCCCGUAGGGAAGCACUCGACAGAAAUAUGAGAGAGUACCAGUACUUCCUGAACGGAGUAGCACUACCUUCUCCCUCCAAGCACCAUAGGGCCUCCAAGCUAUUCUCGGCCAUGAAGUCCUCGCUUUCUUCAUCUUCGUCUUCACUAUCAAGCAAGCAUUCACGUUAUAUCAAUGACCGUAUUCCUAGACGUCUUGCAGGAAAGGGCCGAAACCAAACGAAUCUAGGAUUUGAAAGAAAGUUUCAGCAGUUCAUGCAAACCAACUACAAUCUGCAGAUCUUGGAAUUCCAUCAUAAAGUGAGGCAGUUUAUGUCCCUGAUUCCAAUAAUCUCUUACAUAGAGCCUGCUUUAGCGUUAUUUGAAGUCGCUAUACCUACCGAUGACACCAUUAGAAGCACUAGUGGUACAGCUAUCAUGAUCGCUAUCAUCGAUGGGCUUGUUGCUUUGAUAUCAUUGUACUGGGCCAUCAGAUUCUACAUGCUAAUAACAAAGUUUCUGGAGCGUCUUUUUUGGAUAUUUGUUAAGAUUGGGCUACUCUGA